ACAACAUUUCUUUGCGUCACGCCGACGCUGGUAGUGACGAAAUGAUCCACUACACUCCUCCUAUCUCACCUUUCCUACCCUACUCUUCUCCAACUCUCCCAUCAGGACCACAGGGAUGUCAUGCGCGGAUAAACAGGGCUGGAGCACAACUUUACUCAGCAGCGGGCUUCUUUUUUUUAUUUGGAAGUGUCUUAGGACAGUCAGCGUGACUUUAAGUCUAAGCUGAGUGUAGUGGGGGGGUAGGCCUGUUAGUUGGGUGGGCGUGUGUGUUUGUUUUGUUGUCAGACGCUUCAAAUACAACUCAGCAGCCCUGUCCUGUGUUGUAGUUCCCAUAUGUCGCGAAGGCAGGCCGACCAUGACUACAACCUCCGGAGUAUGAGCAACCUGAUGGGCGAGAGGUGGAAGAAAGUGAACGACGGAGGUGAGCGCAGUCUCAUCAAGGCUCCGUCCAACGCCAGCAUCAGCAGCCAGGGCGCCUCCGCUGGAGCUUCCGCCGCCGCCGCCGGUGCCCCAUCAGCCCCCUCCUCCUCGUCCACUGGAGACCUGGAGAGGGCUGCCCGCAAGCAGUUUCAGCAGGAUGUUACACCUGGUUUCGUCUACGUCCUGGCCAUCUUCUCCGCCCUGGGGGGUUUCCUUUUCGGCUAUGACACCGGGGUGAUCUCCGGGGCGAUGCUCCUGUUGAAGAGGGAGCUGGACCUGAGCGCCCUGUGGCAGGAGGUGCUCAUAUCAAGUACUGUGGCCGCAGCCGCCCUCUCCGCCCUGCUGGGCGGCUUUCUCAACGGGGUGUUCGGGCGCAGAGUGUGCAUACUGCUCGCCAGCUUCUUCUUCGCCGUCGGGGGGAUCGUCCUUAGCAGCGCUCCCGGUAAAGAGGUGCUCCUGGCGGGUAGGCUCAUCGUUGGAUUGGGGCUCGGUAUUGCCUCUAUGACGGUGCCCGUGUACAUCGCUGAGGCCUCUCCACCCCACCUAAGGGGUCAGCUAGUCACCGUUAACACCCUCUUCAUCACGGGGGGGCAGUUCACAGCCAGCCUCAUCGACGGAGCCUUCAGCUAUCUGCGCCAUGACGGUUGGAGGUACAUGUUGGGUCUGUCUGUGCUCCCCGCUGUGCUCCAGUUCAUGGGAUUCCUCUUCCUGCCAGAGAGCCCUCGCUGGUUAAUUCAGCGUGGGCUGACCCAGAAGGCCCGCCGCGUGCUCAGUCAGAUCCGAGGCAACCAGAACAUAGACGAGGAGUAUGACAGCAUCAAAAACAGCAUCGAGGAAGAGGAGAAGGACAGCGGAGGAGAUGGCCCGGUGAUCUGGCGGAUGCUGACCUACCCCCCGGCCCGACGAGCCCUGGUGGUGGGCUGUGGUCUUCAGAUGUUCCAGCAGCUUUCAGGAAUCAACACAGUCAUGUACUACAGUGCCACCAUCCUGCAGAUGUCAGGAGUGCGGGAUGACAGGUUGGCAAUCUGGCUGGCUGGACUCACCACCCUCACCAACUUCCUGUUUACUCUGCUGGGAGUGUGGCUGGUGGAGAGAGUGGGGCGUAGGAAGCUCACCCUAGGCAGCAUCAUAGGCACGUGUUUCAGUUUGAGUCUGUUGGCCAUCGGUUUCUUAAUGUCUGCACAGCACAGUCCCCCUGUCACCUACCACCCAUUAGACCCCGCCAUGGCCAACUCUACCUGCUCCAAGUACCAGGUGUGCGAGCCGUGCAUGCUGGAUCCUGGAUGCGGCUUCUGUUACCGUGAGAAUGGCUCGGCGCUGCUCACCUCCUCCUGCAUGCCAGUCAAUAAGGCCUCCACCGAGCACGCAGCAUGGGGCAGAUGCUCCAACUCUACCCUGAUGAGAGAUCAGACCUACUGGGCCUACAACUACUGCCCCACUUCCUUCUCCUGGUUGGUUUUACUGGGACUGGUGCUCUACUUGGCUGCCUUUGCGCCGGGUAUGGGUCCAAUGCCAUGGACCAUCAACUCUGAGAUCUAUCCUCUUUGGGCAAGGAGCACAGGGAACGCCUGUGCAGCAGGGGUCAACUGGACCUUCAAUAUCCUGGUGUCUCUUACCUUCCUCCACCUGGCUCAGUACAUCACCUACUAUGGAGCUUUCUUCCUGUACUCCAGCAUGGCCUUGCUGGGUUUCGUCUUCACAUAUGGCUGCCUGCCAGAAACCAAAUCCCGCCGUCUGGAGGAGAUCGAGGCGUUGUUCGAAAACCACCUUUGCUCUUGCGGCGCCUCUGAUUCAGAUGAGGGACGGCAGGUUGAGUACAUCCGGGUCAAAGGUUCAAACUACCAUCUAUCGGACAAUGACGCAUCAGAUGUAGACUAGAGGAAACUUGGGUGUUGCUUACCUCCCUCUGGGUGUUUCAUUAGCUGUUUCACUGGAACAUGCAGAGCGGCUGAGUCUGUAAUAGUGUUCUUUUUCCUGUGAUCUGAGGGGUCACUGGUUUACCUCCAACAUAGAUUGGGAAUUACAUUUUAGAAGACUAUGCUUCUAUCAGUAACAUGUAUCAGUUCACUUUUCAAGCAGUCAACUGGGGAAAUUCCAAUCAACACUAAUGCUUUAGCAUGAAUGUUUCCCAUUAGUUCAUUCUCUAAAUUCAGGGGUGAACUGGCACCUUAUCUGGUUUCAGACCUGCUUAUUAUUUUCAACCACAGAAGUCUAUAACACUGGCCUUCUACGCAGAUAAUAGGCAAAGCAUAAUACAUAGAAGUCCAGUGACUUUUUCAUGGAGACUAGUUAUGACUGUUUAACAGAUACAAAGAUACAAAAUACAAGGAACUCUGAUUGUCCCUAAUAUUUUGUGCAUUUGUUGUAUACGCACCAUUUAUGAUUUAUACACGGUUUUAUCCCAGAGCUUUGUGUCAGAAUACAAUGGUAACUCCAUUCAAAAAGUUACAGUAAAUAUAACCACAAAACUUUUGUUGACUGGACAGCAGCUGUUGUCGUCUUUCGUACCAUUAUGCCUUGGUGUAUGAGACACAUUCCGCUGUCUCGUUUUUUCAGCUUGUAGCGUAGCACACUUAAUGUCAGUCCUUGAGCUGAUGUUCUUCUGUUUGCAGUUUGUAUUUUUAUGAAAAACAAUCGCCAGAGACACACGGUAUAUCAUUACGGUUGAGUAAACUUGUAUUGUCGACGGGUGCCGAAACAAAACCGCUCUUACAAACUUGGUAGCCCUGAUAGGACUGGAAGUCCUCGUGCUACAGUAUGGUUUGUGUAUUUAUAUAUUUAUUUAAAGCAGAUCUUUUUGUUAAUCCACGUUUCGACAAAUUACAAAUUUCCUUAGCGUUGCUUACUUUUUCAUUUAAAAUGUGUUUCACAAAACCUACCCUACGAACCAGUGUUGCAACUCUUGCAAUGAACUUUUUCUUGUCGUUAUUUCUGGAUAUAGUGUCUGUAAUAUCCAGCAAAGAAACCGGGCUGUUCUGUCUGUAGCAGUAAAAGUAAGCUUUAGCUUGAUGACUGAGAUUUUUAAGUGUUUCGUUCUAUCUGAACAUUGAUAAUAUUAGUGCCUGUGUAUUGUGAAGGUGCCUAAUGGCCAUUUUUCAGUCACAUUCCCUGUAGGUCUACUUGGCCUUUUUUUAAUUUUACCAUGUGCAUAUUUGCAUUUCACCUGUGAUGGAAUUUUAUUGACUACAAUUUCAUGUAUUUUGCUUUGUGUCUUCCUUCACAGCCUUAUGUACAAAUAGCCAAGCAUAUCAUUUAUGUAGUUCUUGUGUCAAAAGUUGAGGAGUAGGCUUUAGCGUAAUUUGGUAAUGUUGUUUUGUAAAAGUGUAAACUGUGUAAGGUUACACCUUGUUAGUUAAAUACACGUAAUUUUCUGUGUAGCAAAACUGUUGGAAAGUAGACAACUGUGUAACAAAAAAAAUAAAAAGGGUAAGUAAGGGUAUAAAGACUGCUGCUGUGCUUAGUGAACAGGUUUCUCAUGGCAGACACCCAAAAUAAACGAUUGUAAAAAUACAGUACAAUGCAACGUUUAAAAUGAUGGAAUUUUCCAUAUGAUUUCUUCUACCUAUUUUUUUAACCGCACAUUAAUAGAAAUACCCAGAAACCUCAGUAAAAAAAACGGAUAAUGUGCUAGCAGAAAAUUACCAUUUUAAAAAAAAUGUUUUUCCAACAGUCCAUUAUCCUAACCCAUCAUUAUUUAUAGACUUUAGUACCACUUUUUAAAACAAGUGAUGGCAUACUGUAGCACACAAGCACCCUCCUGUGGAAAACUUCCAGCUGAUUUUUUAAAAAUAAAAAAAGCUUUCAAAUAUCAUAGUUGCCUCUUUAGUUGCAAGUUCUUCAGUGUUAUAAUAGCUGAUCAUUUUUCAAAGCAAACACAAAAAGUAGUAUCAACAUGUACAGACUACAAUAAAAUCAUAUCAAGAAUUGAAGUCAGCACAAAACAAGGUCAAAUAUUCAACUUGCGUUUGAAAAUGAUAAGCUAUUCUAUUGUAAAGCACUUGUGAUUUGUAGUUAUGGGGCUAGAAUAUUCCAGAUAUUUUCUUUUUUAACCCAGAGCAGUAAUAAAGGAAUCCUCGAAGAUGAGCUCUGAUUGUUUAUUUCAAUAAAAACAAAACAUUGCGAAAUAUAGUUCAGAGUAAAAACUUAAACUUCCAAAACUUUGCUUUUCAACUAAUUUAGCGCAGUUUCUCUGGAGUGAAAGGUGUAGAAAACACUAGCAACUGUAAUUCAGCAUAGGAUUGUAUUUGAUCAGUUUCACUUAAUCCAGGAGUUUUCUUAAAACUUCACAAGCUAGUUUUGUACUGAAAGUAUUACUACACACAAAAACCACAGAUUUACCUGUCCACGGCACAGACUGAGUAACGAAAACUUGUGUCAACCAAAUAUUUAAUGUGAUUGUUUUAGGCUGCACCUGUGUCAGAGAUAAUGUGGUGUUCAGCCCUUAACCUCCAGUUGCGUUAACACUGUCCCCUACUACAGCUGAGGGCAUUAAAUGUGUACUUAUCAGUAAAAUGGUUACAUUUUUUUCUAUGUGAACCAAUUAUGUGUGUUUUUUGCUAAAGUUUGUGGGGUAUUACAGAAAUGCAAAUUUAAAAAAAAAAAGAGUGCUGUAUAUUUGAUUAUUGUUCAAGCUGUAAAUGUUUUGCUAGAGUUUAUAUUAUAUAAAGAUAAAUAUCUUCAUGAAAUAUUGUGUAUAU